CGUGCCAGCCGACCCGCCCCCGCUCCGGUCCCGGGCGCCCCUCUCAGCCCCCGGCCUCCGCGAAGAAGGCCCCGGGACUCGCGCGUUCCAAGCGCCCCCUGCCGCCUCUCCGGUGCCUGGGAGGCGGCCCCAUCGCAGACCCCGGCCCGGCUGGGCCGGCCCCUGUGAAUGGGCCGGCGGGCGGAGCAGCACGGAGGGCACCGCCCUCGGCCCGCCCGCCUGGGAGGGGACGCGAGCGGGUGGCUGCGCCAGCAGCGCCCGCCUGGGGCCCGCGGCUCUCUGCGCUCGGCCUCCCGGGCUGCGGGGACGGGACGGGUACCGGCGCGGGCUCUGCGGGCCGGGAGCCGAGUCCGGGCCGGAGCCCGAGCCGCCGCGGGAGGCCAGAGGGCUGUGCGCGGAGAUGGCGGCGCCGGCGGCGGCAGCGGCGGCGGAAGGGAUGGAGCCGCGGGCGCUGCACUACCAGCAGACCCUGAUGUAUGGCCGCUAUACUCAGGAGCUGGGGGCCUUUGCCAAAGAGGAAGCUGCUCGGAUCCGCCUGGGAGGGCCGGAGCCCUGGAGGGGUCCGCCUUCCCCUCGGACUCCCCCAGAGCUCCUGGAAUACAGACAGAGCCGCUGCACCCGAUGCCACAUCUGUUCCGUACACUGCCAUAAGUUCCUAGUGUCCAGGGUUGGUGAAGACUGGAUCUUCCUGGUCCUGCUGGGGCUCCUCAUGGCGCUGGUCAGCUGGGCCAUGGACUAUGCCAUCGCUGCCUGUCUGCAGGCUCAGCAGUGGAUGUCCCGGGGCUUGAACACCAACCUCUUGCUCCAGUACCUGGCCUGGGUCACUUACCCCAUCGUCCUCAUCACUUUCUCAGCCGGCUUCACACAGAUCCUGGCUCCUCAGGCUGUCGGGUCCGGCAUCCCCGAGAUGAAGACCAUCUUGCGGGGAGUGGUGCUGAAAGAAUACCUCACUCUCAAGACCUUUGUAGCUAAGGUCAUCGGGCUGACCUGUGCCCUGGGAAGCGGGAUGCCCCUCGGCAAAGAGGGCCCUUUUGUGCAUAUUGCAAGUUUGUGUGCCGCCCUGCUCAGCAAGUUCCUCUCCCUCUUUGGGGGCAUCUAUGAGAAUGAAUCCCGGAAAACAGAGAUGCUGGCCGCUGCCUGUGCUGUGGGAGUGGGCUGCUGCUUUGCCGCACCUAUUGGAGGCGUCCUGUUCAGCAUUGAGGUCACCUCCACCUUCUUCGCUGUGCGGAACUACUGGCGGGGCUUCUUUGCUGCCACCUUCAGUGCCUUCAUCUUCCGGGUCUUGGCAGUCUGGAACCGUGAUGAAGAGACCAUUACAGCUCUCUUCAAAACCCGAUUCCGGCUCGACUUCCCCUUUGACCUCCAGGAGCUGCCUGCCUUUGCUGUCAUUGGUAUUGCUAGUGGCUUCGGGGGAGCGCUCUUUGUCUACCUGAACCGGAAGAUUGUUCAGGUGAUGCGGAAGCAGAAAACCAUCAACCGCUUCCUCAUGAAGAAACGCCUGCUCUUCCCGGCUCUGGUGACCCUGCUCAUCUCCACUCUGACCUUCCCCCCUGGCUUUGGACAGUUCAUGGCUGGACAGCUCUCACAGAAAGAGACACUGGUCACCCUGUUUGACAACCGGACAUGGGUCCGCCAGGGCCUGGUGGAGGAGGAGCUAGAGCUGCCUGGAACCGCACAGGCCUGGAACCCACCACGUGCCAACGUCUUCCUCACCCUGGUCAUCUUCAUUCUCAUGAAGUUCUGGAUGUCUGCACUAGCCACCACCAUCCCGGUGCCCUGCGGGGCCUUCAUGCCUGUUUUUGUCAUUGGAGCAGCAUUUGGGCGUCUGGUGGGUGAAAGCAUGGCUGCUUGGUUCCCAGACGGGAUUCACACGGACAGCAGCACCUACAGGAUUGUGCCUGGGGGCUACGCAGUGGUGGGGGCAGCUGCGCUGGCAGGAGCAGUGACACACACAGUGUCCACAGCCGUGAUCGUGUUCGAGCUCACAGGCCAGAUUGCCCACAUCCUGCCCGUCAUGAUUGCCGUCAUCCUGGCCAACGCCGUUGCCCAGAGCCUACAGCCCUCACUCUAUGACAGCAUCAUCCGAAUCAAGAAACUGCCCUAUCUGCCUGAGUUGGGCUGGGGCCGCCACCAGCAGUACCAGAUGCGAGUGGAGGACAUCAUGGUGCGGGAUGUUCCCUAUGUGGCCCUCAGCUGCACCUUCCGGGACCUGCGGUUGGCACUGCACAGGACCAAGGGCCGCAUGUUGGCUCUAGUGGAGUCCCCUGAGUCCAUGAUCCUUCUGGGCUCCAUCGAGCGCUCGCAGGUGGUGGCAUUGCUGGGGGCCCAGCUGAGUCCAGCCCGCCGGCGGCAGUACAUGCAGGAGCGUCGAGCUGCCCAGACCUCUCCACCAUCUGAUCAGGAGAGUCUCCCCAGCCCUGAGACCUCUGCUCACUUCCAGGUGAACACAGAGGACUCAAGCUUCCCUGCAGCCCGGGGGGAGACUCACAAGCCACUGAAGCCUGCUCUCAAGAGGGGGUCUAGCAAUACCAUGAACCUCAGGGAGAGUCCCACAGGGAAUGUGGAGCCAGCAGGCAUUACCCUCAGGAGUCUGUUCUGUGGCAGUCCACCCCCUGAGGCUGCUUCCGAGAGCACCUCGGACCUGGAAGGCGAGAUGACCCCUGAGGAGAUUCUGGAGUGGGAGGAGCAGCAACUAGAUGAACCUGUCAACUUCAGUGACUGCAAAAUCGACCCCGCCCCCUUCCAGCUGGUGGAGCGGACCUCUUUGCACAAGACUCACACCAUCUUCUCACUGCUGGGAGUGGACCAUGCUUAUGUCACCAGUAUUGGCAGACUCAUUGGAAUUGUCACCCUAAAGGAGCUCCGGAAGGCUAUCGAGGGCUCUAUCACAGCACAGGGCGUGAAAGUCCGGCCCCCCCUUGCCAGCUUCCGUGACAGUGCCACCAGCAGCAGCGACACAGAGACCACCGAAGUGCAUGCACUCUGGGGGCCCCGCUCCCGUCACGGCCUCCCCGGGGAGGGCAGCCCUUCUGACAGUGAUGACAAGUGCCAGUGAACCCCUCGGUGGCCUGGGAUGGCGAUGGCCAUCAGCCAGAUCCUGCAGCUUCCCAUUCCUUCUGCCAUGGGAAAGCAGGAGGCAGCUGCAGCUGAAGGCUGGAGCCUCAGCCCCCCUUCCAGACCUGGGGUGCCAGCUUCUCCCAGUUCAUCCUACCUAGAACCUGACCCAGCACCCACCUGCAGCAAGUGUUCCAAGGGCAGGAAGAUCAGCACUGCCCUGGCAGGAUGAGGGUGGGGUCGCUUGACCCUUGACCCUGCUCCCCCUUUGAGGGGA